ACUCGAUCUACCUAAUCAGUCUACCUGAUCAGUCUAAACUGAUUUUAGCCUAACACUGUUUUGAUCUGUGGAAGACUUAACAGAACAAGGGUUAUGUAAUCGCAGUUCGGUGAGAGAUCUUCGAAGUUGUGUCGUGUUUACAAUCGCGAGGUGCCCUCAGUUCUUAAAUGGGUAAACUGUAGCGCUGUACCAAUAUAAGUUUUAUAGACACGAUGCCUUCGUCAGCCAGUGAAGAGAUUGUCUUCUUUGUCAAUGGCAGAAAGGUUGUCGAAGCAAAGGCGCAGCCAGAAAUGACUUUGCUCUGUUAUCUGCGAAAUCAUUUGGGUUUGACAGGUAGCAAGCUUGGAUGUGGUGAAGGUGGCUGUGGAGCAUGUACUGUUAUGAUCUCUAAGUAUGAUCAUGGAAAUAACAAGAUUAAACAUUUCUCUGCAAAUGGCUGUUUGAUGCCAUUGUGUGCUGUUGAUGGAAUGGCUGUAACCACAGUGGAAGGAAUUGGAAGCACCAAAACUGUCUUGCAUCCAGUGCAGGAGCGGAUUGCCAAGUGUCAUGGGUCACAGUGUGGAUUUUGUACUCCAGGGAUUGUGAUGUCAAUGUAUGCACUUUUGAGAAACAACCCUCUACCAACUAAUAAAGAGAUGGAAAGCGCUUUUGAAGGUAAUUUAUGUCGCUGUACUGGAUAUCGUCCAAUUUUGGAAGGACUCAAAACCUUCACAAAGGAAUGUUGCGGUAAAGGUGUUAAUGGUUGCUGCUCUGAAAUGGACCAAAAUGGAACCACUAAUGGCAUAUCGCAGAAUGGAGUUUUAAAUGGCUGCAAUGAGUUGUUCAAGUCAACAGAAUUUACACCAUAUGACCCAACUCAGGACGUUAUCUUCCCACCUGAACUAAUGCUCCCAGAAGCUGCCAAACCAAGAACUCUAUAUAUCAAAGGAGAUAAUUCAACUUGGAUCAGACCAACAACACUGGAAGAGUUGUUGGAGCUUAAAACAAAAUAUCCACAAGCUAAACUUGUGAUUGGUAACACUGAAAUAGGAAUCGAGAUGAAAUUCAAAAAUCAGAGUUAUCCAAUCCUGAUAGCUCCUACUCACAUCUAUGAGCUGAAUGCCAUAGAACACACUGCAGAAGGCAUCAGGUUUGGUGCAUCUGUGACACUGACUACUCUGGAAGAGGUUCUUAGUGAGGCUUGCCAAUCCAUGCCAGAAUUCAAGACCAGAUGGUUCACAGCAAUACUUCACAUGCUCAAGUGGUUUGCUGGUCAUCAGAUUAGAAAUGUUGGGGCUAUUGGAGGAAACAUUAUGACAGCCAGUCCGAUAUCAGAUCUAAAUCCAGUGUUAAUGGCUGCAAGAUGCCCUCUUACAUUAGCUGCUGCUGGAGGAAAAAGAAGAAAAGUGAAACUGGAUGAGAAUUUCUUUACUGGUUACAGAAGAACAAUUUUGCAAGCAAAUGAAAUAUUGGUUGAUAUUUUUAUUCCAUUCACAGAAAAGCACGAAUAUGUGUUUGCAUUUAAACAAGCUCGACGGCGUGAAGAUGACAUCGCUAUAGUCAAUACAGGCAUGAGAGUGUUGUUUGAUAAAGAAACACAAUCCAGCUCAUGGCAAAUCCAGGAUUGCAGUUUCAGCUUUGGAGGCUUGGCCCCCACAACAGUCAUGGCAAUGAAAACUGUUAAAGGGCUCACUGGAAGAACUUGGAAUGAGAGCAUAGUACAGGAAGCUUGUCAGCUGUUGGCUGAAGAUCUGCCGCUUGCACCCGGAGCACCUGGCGGUCAGGUGGAGUACAGGAGAUCGCUCGCCUCAAGCUUCUUCUUCAAGUUCUACUUAAACGUUACCUUGCAGCUGAGUAAUCAAGAGGUAGCAUAUAAGGCUGAUAUACCCAAGUCGUUUAUAAGCGGAACUGGUCAUUUUCAAAGAGAUACAACAUACAGUACCCAGACAUUUCAGGAAGUCCCCAGUGAUCAGUUAAUCGAAGAUGUUGUUGGUAGGCCUGUGCCUCACUUAGCAGCUGCCAAACAAACCACAGGAGAGGCAGUCUAUUGCGAUGACAUUCCUAAAUAUGCAGGAGAACUUUACUUGGGUGUCGUCUUCAGCAAGCGUGCACAUGCGAAAAUCCUGGGUGUUGAUCCAAGUGAAGCACUUCGUCAACCAGGGGUUAAAAGAUAUGUUGGUGUGGAUGAUGUACCAGGUCGCAACGCGACAGGGCCUGUAAUCUUUGACGAGGAGAUCUUCGCCUCAGAAAAGGUGACAUGUGUGGGUCAGGUAAUAGGUGGCAUUGUCGCUGAAACUCAGGCCCAGGCCCAAAAAGCAGCCCAGCUGGUGAAGGUCACCUAUGAAGACCUGCCCAGAAUAAUAACCAUUGAGGAAGCUAUAGCUGCAGAGUCAUAUUUGAACCCUGAACCGAUGUGCAUUCAGAAAGGAGACCUAGAAGCAGGAUUUGCUGAAUCAGAUCAUGUGUUAGAAGGGGAGAUGAGAGUGGGAGGACAGGAACACUUCUAUCUGGAAACACAAGCAACAAUCGCUGUUCCAAGGGGAGAAGAUGGCGAGAUGGAACUUUUUGUUUCUACACAAAAUCCAACAUUGACACAGAAACUUGUUGCCAGCGCAUUGGGCGUACCUGCCAACAGAAUAGUCGUGCGGACCAAGAGAAUGGGUGGUGGAUUUGGUGGUAAAGAGACACGUAACUGCUUUCUGAGCAAUGUUGUGGCUGUGGCGGCAGCUAAGGUUGGUAAACCUGUGCGCUGCAUGCUUGACCGAGAUGAAGACAUGAAGAGUACUGGCACUAGGCACCCGUUCUUAGCCAAAUACAAGGUCGGCUUCACAGCAAAUGGGAAAAUCAAAGCUCUUGAUGUCAAAAUGUACAGUAACGCUGGAAAUUCUUUGGAUCUGUCAAAAUCUGUUAUGGAGCGCGCGAUUUUCCACAUGGAAAAUUGUUACCUUAUUCCAAAUAUUCGGGGACAUGGGUAUUUGUGCAAGACGAACAUUCCUUCCAACACUGCAUUCAGAGGAUUCGGCGGGCCGCAGGGUAUGAUGUUUGCUGAAUCGUGGAUAAGUGACAUCGCAAUUACUUGUGGUAUUUCACAAAGACGGGUCAGAGAGUUGAACUUCUAUCAGGAAGGUGAUGUAACUCACUUCAACCAAGAACUGGCCAGUUGUCAUAUCCAACGCGUGUGGGACGAGUUAGUUGAGAGGUGUCUCUACGAAGAGAGAAGAGAGCACAUUGAGGCCUUCAACAGGGAAAACCGGUGGCGAAAACGAGGCCUUGCACUGACGCCUACCAAGUUUGGCAUUAGUUUCACAGCUACUUUUAUGAAUCAGGCUGGAGCUCUGGUGCAUGUUUACACAGACGGAUCAGUUCUUUUAACUCAUGGCGGAACAGAAAUGGGCCAAGGACUGCACACAAAAAUGAUACAGAUAGCCGCUCGUAUCUUUGGUAUCCCUGUGUGUAAAAUCCACAUUUCAGAGACAAGCACGAACACGGUUGCAAACACGUCUCCAACAGCAGCAUCGGCCUCCUCUGAUCUCAAUGGCAUGGCGGUGAAGAUUGCUUGCGAGCAAGUUAUGGAGAGGUUAAAGCCAUAUAAAAUGGAAAAUCCAAAAGGAGAGUGGGAAGAAUGGGUUCGCUCCGCCUACUUUGACCGCGUCAAUCUUUCAGCGAAUGGAUUUUACAAAACACCGGACUUGGGGUAUGAUUGGAAGACCAAUACUGGCAGAGUCUUCAAUUAUUUCUGCUUUGGUGCGGCUUGCUCAGAGGUGGAAAUUGACUGCCUCACAGGAGAUCAUCAGGUUCUUCGCACAGAUAUUGUGAUGGAUGUCGGUAUCAGUCUCAACCCGGCCAUUGACAUUGGCCAGGUGGAGGGAGGUUUUGUUCAAGGAAUGGGUAUGUUUACCCUGGAAGAAGUGCGUUACUCUCAGACCGGCUCAUUAUGGACGCAAGGGCCUGGUGCCUACAAAAUUCCUGGAUUUUCAGACAUACCAGUGGAGUUUUAUGUUCACCUCCUACGGAGUGCCCCGAACGAAAAGGCGGUCUUUUCUUCCAAGGCUGUAGGAGAGCCACCUUUGUUCCUUGCCUCUUCUGUGUUUUACGCCAUCAAAGAUGCCAUCAUGUUUGCCAGGCGUGAAUCAGGUGUUGAAGGAAUCUUCAGACUGGACAGUCCCGCCACCAGUGAGCGCAUCAGAAUGGCUUGUGUUGACCAGUUUACUCAACAGUUUACACCCCUUGCGGAUCCAACCGUGAAAGACUUCAAUGUUUAUCCAUGAGGACUUGAAGAGUGCUAAUUAACAACAUGUGGUCUACAUAAUUUCAUUAAUCAUUUAAUCAAUUGCUUACCAAUAUUUAAGUAAUUACAAAUUAGAUGUGGAUAUUUUAAUCGUUCGGUUUAACUGGUUCCCUAAGAUUCUUGCAAUUUUUCCCUAUCACCCGAUCCUGAAAAAAAAAAGAUGGUCUUAAUUAUAUUUUCGCUACAAGACUGAGACCAAAUAUCCCUGGUUAUCUUACAUUUUCCUUUCCCCUGAUUUACUUACGGCUCACUUCAAGUGAGGCCCGAUCCACGGGAGGAUUUUGAUCCCAGUCCCCCUUGCGGAAGUCAUAUAACAAUCCACUUAACGCCCUUGCUAGUUUUACACUCCUUUUCCAGGUUCCAGUAUUCUCGUAUCCAGACCUUCCACGGCCAAGCGGUUUACAUUUUAUUAAGUUUCUCGCUAGUGAUUAGUUAGAUCCGAAGCUAACUAAUUGUGAUUGGACCAAAAUCAAUCUCGGUAUUAAUAUUUAAGUCCUGAAAAUGAAUAUGAACUGAGGCGUACUUUAGGCUUACAACAAAAGCAACAUUAAUUAUUUUAUUCCAUAGUAAUUCAGUUAUUUUUUGAAGAAAACAUGGAGACUAUGAAUAACAGUAUAUUUGUGCAUCAAGGUCUGUCUACAUACAUAUAUAUAUAUGAGUAAAGAUAUCUGUAUCGCAUUGGCUUGGACAACAAAGAUAUAUUUUGACCGGGUGAAUUUAGUUGAAUUCAGUGAGUAUUUUUGUAACCUUGAUCAAAAUUUAAAUUUACUGGUAUCCAUCCUCACUAAUUCGUUUAGUAAUUGCAAGAAAAUAUAUUUUACUUCGGUUUUGCCGACCAUUCAUCGGUCCCCAGUGGCGUUCUCGGCGGCUAAAAAGCUGAUUUGAUUACGUCAUAUUCUCUACUAAGAAUGUUAUUAAAUCCCAUACGUAUAAUUUGUAACAGAUUAAUCGGCGAUUUUAUGUAAGAAUGGUUUCUACCUUACCGAACCCAAACAAAUGUAUAAGGGGUAGCAAUUAAUGAUAUUUACAUCAAAUCAGCUGUAAUUUCAUACUUUUUUUCAUGUAUACCAUAUAUUCAAAUAUUAAAAAAAAUUGU